GAAAGCCAUGGCCACUGGCUGGAACAGAGAUCAUGUAUCCAGAGGCAUCACACAGGGGUGAGAAUGAAAGCUCCAUACCCACAUCGUCCACAUGAUUUACAGAGAAAGUGGGAGCUGAGAAGAUUCAGAUCUCACUCCCCUCUCAUCAGUGUGAUAUUGGAUUUAACUCUCAUCUCUUUCUUUUCUCCCAUCACGAUCUCUGAAUCUCCCUCUAUCCUUCUGGGGAAGAUACUCCAGGAGACAUUUAUAGACAGUUAUGACCCAAGUGUCCUUCGAAGGGUGCAAUACAUGCUCUAUGAAAUCAAGUGGAGCAAUAGCAAAAGGUCCUGGCAGAGCUGUUGCCAUAGCACUUACAUGGAGCAUGCUGAAAUCCACUUCAUAGAAGAUGUCUUUCAGGAGCAAAGAUCUGAUCCUUCUGCCCACUGCUCCAUCACCUGGUACAUGUCCUGGAGUCCCUGUGGGUAUUGCUGCAAGCAAAUCAAGGAUUUCCUGAAGGACCAGCCUAAUGUGAAUCUGGUUAUUUAUGUAGCACGGAUCUACUGGCACAAAAGGGAAAUCAAUCGUCAGGGUCUACGGAGCCUGAUGAACAUUGGAGUGUCCAUCCGAGUCAUGGACCUCCCAGCUUAUAGCUACUGUUGGAGAACAUUUGUCAAUGAUGAGGAUAAGUAUGAAGAUGAUUAUUGGCCCAGGCACUUUGCUCCAUGGAUAAUGCUAUAUUCUCUCGAACUCCAGUCCAUCCUUCAGGACAUUCCCUCUUGCUUAAAGAUUUCAUCAGUUAAGAACCAGACUCCAGUUUUCAGCCUAUGUGUAGAUGAGAAACAGAAAAGAGCACUCACAUCAGCCAAUCCCUAUUACUACAGGUGCUAUUUAGUGGAGCAACAGAGUGCUGUCCUCAGCUUCAUGACCUUCAAGUGCACCCAUGCCACCAUUUACAACUCUGAAAUCCAGAGGUCCGGGGGAGAAACACACACCAGUAAAACAGGACACAGCCUGGUAGGCUGUAGUGAAAGCCAUGGCCACUGGCUGGAACAGAGGUCAUGUAUCCAGAGACAUCACGCAAGGGUGAGAAUGAAAGCACCAUACCCACGUCCUCCACAAGGUUUACAGAGAAAGUGGGAGCUGGGAAGAUUCAGAUCUCACUCCCCUCUCAUCAGUGUGACACUAGAUUUAACUCUCCUUCUUCCCUGCCUCUCUCUCUUUUCUUCCAUCACUAUCUCUGAGUCUCCCUCUAUCCUUCUGUGGAAGAUAUGCCAGGAGGAUUUUGUGGAGAAUUAUGACCCAAGUGUCCUUCCAAGUGUGACUUACCUUCUCUAUGAAAUCACGUGGAACUCUCGCAGAAGGCCCUGGCAAAGAUGGAUCUGUAGUGCUGGCGGUGAGCAUGCUGAAACGUACUUCCUGGAAGAUGUCUAUAGAAAGCUAAGAUCUAAUCCUUUUGUCCACUGCUCCAUCACCUGUUACAUAUCCUGGAGUCCCUGUGGGUACUGCUGCCAGGAGAUCAUGGAUUUUCUGGAGAAAAUGCCUAAUUUGAGUCUAGUCAUUUAUGUAGCACGGCUCUACUGGCACAAAGAGGAAAACAAUCGUGAGGGUCUGUGGAACCUGGAGAAUAUCGGAGUGUCCAUCCAAGUCAUGGAUCUCCCAGAUUAUAACUACUGUUGGAGAACAUUUGUCUAUGAUGAGGACAAGGAUGAAGAUGAUUAUUGGCCCAGUCACUUUGCUCCAUGGAUAAUGCUAUAUUCUCUCGAACUCCAGUCCAUCCUUCAGAACAUUCCCUCUUGCUUAAAGAUUUCAUCAGAUGAGAAUUCUACUCCAGUUUUCAGCCUAUGUGUAGAAGAUGAGGAACAGAAAAGAGCACUCACAUCAUACAAUACCUAUUAGCGCCAGUAUCCUGGCCUGGGCAGCCAACUAGUCUCUGGAAGCCAUGAGUGUCUUGAACCAGGCCAUCAGCUGCUAAGCAACAGAAACGAGUUGAUAGGAAACAUCACCCACAUUAAAACUCCGCAAUUUGGGGCGGGGAAGAGUAUGCAGCCAAAAUGGGUGCAACACAGUGACUGCUUUGCUAACACAGCAUGUUUUCUCAGUUGGUGGGUUACUCUUGCAUGAGCUGAUAGAACAAUGGUUCUCAAACUUUUAUACGGGUGACCCCUUUCACAUAGCAAGCCUCUGAGUGUGACCCCCCCUUAUAAAUUAAAAACACUUGUUUAUAUAUUUAACACCAUUAUAAAUGCUGGAGGCAAAGCGGGGUUUGGGGUGGAGGCUGACAGCUCACGAUCCCCCCAUGUAAUAAACUCACGACCCCCUGAGGGGUCCCAACCCCCAGUUUGAGAACCCCUGUGAUAGAACAUUAGAAUGUUUAAUCAUUUCAAUUUGAUUUAGUUACUCUUAGCCAUUUCCUUGCCAUUGCUUCAGCUUGUAGCCUUUUGAAAAGUGAAUCAUGUUUAAUGCUGUACAGUGACUGGGUUGUGUUAGCACCUGUGACUCAGUUUACGGGUUUAUUCCAUCACAGUUAACACAAGAGUAUCUUGCUUAUUCUGCAGCCAAUGCUGUUUCACCAAAUGAACAUAAAACUAUAUGAUUUGCUUUGUGUAAGCAGUUUAUAAGGAACUAACUCAUUAUGUAUUUACAUAUCUAGAGACCUUAGAGAGGAUUUAUUUUCUGAGGUUAUUUCUUUGAAUUAUGUUUCUCUUGUAGAUUUCUAGAUUUUACUUUGUGUCAUUUGUCAACAUAACAUUUGAAUAAAAUAUCUAUAAGGAA